CUCCCCAUAUCUCCCCGUAUCUCCCCGUAUCUCCCCGUAUCUCCCCGUAUCUCCCCGUAUCUCCCCGUAUCUCCCCGUAUCUCCCCGUAUCUCCCCGUAUAUCUCCCCAUAUCUCCCCAGGCGCUCACCACCCCCCCGCCGGCCGAGGGGCAUAUCUCCCCGUAUCUCCCCGUAUCUCCCCGUAUCUCCCCGUAUAUCUCCCCAUAUCUCCCCAGGCGCUCACCACCCCCCCGCCGGCCGAGGGGCAUAUCUCCCCGUAUCUCCCCGUAUAUCUCCGAUGCUAUCUCCCCAUAUCUCCCCAGGCGCUCACCACCCCCGCCGGCCGAGGGGCAUAUCUCCCCGUAUCUC